AUGUUGAAUGACCUGCUGAAGGUGAUGCGCGCCGAGGAUCAGUCCUACGGGUUGCAGCUGCUGGAGAUCAUCCGGAAUGAUGCCUCGGCCGAGGAGAUCCGUGCGUUCAUUGACGAGAUCCUGGGCCAGGAGGGUGGAGACAGCAAGGUAGGGGAAGAGGCCGGGUGCAAGCUGGAGGAGGUCCGCCGCGUGAUUGACGUGGAAGGGGCCGGGCCUUCUUUUCGCCCCAAGGUGAUGGAUAUACAUUAUCUUUGUGACGAGGUGCCGUACCGCGUCCCCGCCAGACCAUGGACAACAGUGACUGAGGAUGCAGACCUCGUCUCACAUUUGGUGUCCUUGUAUUUCACCUGGGACUAUCCAUUUCAUGCCUUCCUCGACCGCGAUGUCUUCCUCGAGCAUAUGCGACGGGCCAAUCCCCAGUCGGAGUUCUGCAGCCCAUUCCUGGUGAACGCUCUGCUCACGAAUGCAUGUCACUUUUCGGACUACUCCGAGGCAUACGUCGAUCCGGGGGAUGUUGUGACCAAGGGAGUCGAUUUCCUGGCAGAAGCGGAACGUUUGAGGGAGGAAGAACCUGUGAAGUUGAGCCUGGCUUACUUGCAAGGCACACUCUUGCUAUACGAGAGGUAUUCGAUGUCGGGCAAGGAUGACCUUGGGUAUCGCAUGCUCCACCAAGCCAUCCAGACCGGUCAUUCCCUAGGGUUAAUCGGUCCGAGGAGCCCUAGUCUCAUCCCAGGGCAAUUGCCCGGCGAUAUGGAGAUCUCGGUCAAGCGAUCAGCCUGGGGCUUAUUUCACAUUGAUACAAUGCGCUACCAUACCUUGGUCAUCGGUUUAUUCUCCCACAGCACCGGAGGGACUGAACGCAGUCCUGGAUCCGAAGCCCCCCAAACGCCGGAGAGUCCACCAGGCUGCAGCCCGCCCCUGAAAUACACUGCCCCCAGUAUUGCGCAGUCUGCCGCACGUGCCAUAUCUGCGCUGACCCUCCUCCAUCGACGCGAAUACGGGGUCAGCCGCGCGCAUCACUUUGCUUUGUACGCGAUCAAUCUGGCCCUGUUCACGUUGCUCGACCCCGAGUCCUUUGAUAUCCUUGACCAGGACUUUCUCUCCUUGGCCAGCUCCUUCUCUAGCAUUGCUAGUCGCUCCCCGUUGGGUCGAAGUCUGUUCCACAUGUUCCGUCAGACGGUACGCGCCCGGGGCCAAGGCCAGCACCUGCGGGGAUCGAAUCUCGUUUCGGAUGAGCUUAAGGCGCUGUUCGACGAAGAGUCCACGUCGCCCUCCCGGUGGGAUGAAUACGCCAAGGGACUGGAUAAGCUUGGGACGGAUGAACGCUAUGGUGGGCUUAUAGAGGGGGAGCCCAGUCUUUUUGAGAUGCUGGACCGAAUUUCGAAGGACUCGUCGGGCUCAUUCUUCCUCGGUUUUUCGUCCGCCAAUGAUUCCGAGUCGCGCACUGACAACACCACUGCCACCACCAGCACCGAUCCCACCACUUACACCAACACCCCUAGCGGCAGCGGCACCAGCGGUGUCGGCGGUGCCGGAGGAGGAGCAGGGGGAUUCAUCAGCAGUCGAAGUGGGAGCUCCGACUGGUCUUGGGAAAUCAGAAGCAAUUCCGCCUUGCCACCGGGCUUGCAACCUCAACCUGCACCUACCCAUGCCGCCAACUUCCCAGUCCCCUCGCACUCUCUACCUCUCCCUCCUCCCCUCCCGACUACGACAACUAUCAUCAGCACUGCCUCUCGACAUCCCAACAAGCGCGAACGCUCGGAGCACCAGCACCAGCACCAGCAGGAGCAAUCCCGCUCCCGCAACCGUCCCAUAGCUCGUCAUCAAUCCUCCUCCUCCUCGUCCCACGAUAUCGCCAUCGCCGGCCCGUCCAGACUGGCCGGCAAGGUGGCUAUCCCCCGCACCACGAGCUUCAACAACCAGACCCAGCGCCGUCGGUCCACGCGGGCAUGUGAACCCUGUCGCCUGCGGAAGAUAAAGUGUGAGGGGGACAAGCCCAUCUGUCGCCAGUGUGCCGAUCACAAUGUGACCUGUACCUAUGUUGAAGUGAAGCGGGUGCGGGACCAGAAGAAAUUGGGAUCGUUGACCAGUAAGGUGGGGAUCUAUGAGCAGCUGUUGAACGAGGUGGAACGCACCGCGGACGAAGAUACCGCGAGGAGGAUUCGGAGGGCGCUGAGGCUGCGGGUCUCCGACGGGACCACGCCAGAAGAACCACCGCCGAAUGAGAACGAGGGGUCUGAGUCGGAUUCCUCGUCCAUUGGCUCGCUCAAUGAGUUGGAUACGGUGGAGGAGGAUCUGAAUCGCAGUGACCGGGCCGUCGCGACAGGGUUCUUUGGGAAGAAUUCGGAAGUGUCCUGGUUGCAGAAGCUGGAGGACGAGGCCGAGCUGCGCCACCUUCAGAUGGAGGAACUUAAUGAGGCGGACAGCAACAACAAUGCGUCAGACGGGCAGCAGCAGAUGCAGCAGCUCCUGCUGGUCCCGCAGCCAGCGCAGAAGCAGGAAACGCCCGUUGCCGCGAUGAACUACUACCUGGAUGACCUCGACAUCCCCGUCAUGGCGGAUGUCGACCCGUACGCGCUCCCGCCCAAGGACGUCGCCAACCGACUCUUCCGGUUCUACAUAGAGAGCGUGCAUCCGUCCUUCAACGUGAUCAGCAAAGUGUUCUUUGUCUCCCAGUAUUCGCAAUUCGUCAUUCAGGGGAAUCGGCAGAUUGAGCCGGGCGAUCGGUGGCGAGCCGUCCUGAACAUGAUCUUCGCCAUCGGGAGCCGCUUCUGCCAGUCGGUGUAUGGGAAGAAGGGGGGUGACUACGAUGAUGUGGUGUAUCUGAACCGGGCACGGAAGCUGACCCUGGGCGAGAACGUCAUCUUCGAGCACGCCAAUCUCCAGCAGAUCCAGGCGGAGUUCUUGGUGGCGUUCUACUUCCUUUCCAUGUGUCAGGUCAAUCGCUCCUUCAAGUUUUCGAGCAUGGCCUUUCGGUCAGCCGUUUCACUGGGCAUAAACCUCCGCCUGGAGAAUAGUGGCACGUCGCGAGCUGCCAAAGAAGCUCGCUGUCGUCUGUGGUGGUCGAUUUAUCUCCUCGAGCAUCUGUUGACGGCCAUCACCGGCCGAGUCUCCUGCGUUGGGGAAGGCCUCAGUGCGACACCAUUGCCUAUCCCAUUCGAGGAGGAGGCCUGGAACAGCCCCGAAGUUCGGCCCAUCUUAGAAGACCCGGCUCUUCAGAUGAGCCGUCUCAAGCUCACCAUCCUUCAAAACGAACUCGAAGCAACCACCACGGCCUCGUGGCUCGCAACCUGUGCACCCAGUCCGUCCCUCUUCUUCCAUCUCCUCGUGGAUCUCUGCAGUAUCACGCAGGCUAUCAUCAACAAAGUCUAUAGCAUCCAAGGCUUGCGCGACCGCGCCAGCCAGGUUGAACAGCGCAUUCGGAAAUACGAUCACACCCUGAAUGUCUGGCUCAUGAAAGUCCCGGCGCCGUACCGGUUCACCGUGAGCGACCAGGACGAUACGUUUUAUAUCCCCCCGGACCUGCAGAGAUCCCACCAGCGCGAACGGGUAUCUCUCGCCAUCAGCUAUUACAGCGCUCGCAUCACACUCUCGCGGCCGUGUCUCACCCGCUCCGGCCUCAAGUCCGGGUCGAUGUCCCCCAACCCGACGCUUGCCUCCUCCUCGGCCCAGAACGCCUCUCACAAUUCCUCUGCACGGAGCCAGUUCCGCAACGAGAUGGCCCGCAACUGCGUCCGCUCCGCCUGCUCGCUCCUGUCCGUCUUGCCGGAAACCCCCAACCUUCCCUGGCUGGUCUCGGUCACCCCCUGGUGGUGUAUCCUGCACUACAUCAUGCAGGCCACGACCGCGCUGCUCCUCCACCUGUCGUGCUGCCCGCCCGUGCUGCCGUCGACCGGCGGCGAGGAGUACGUCGACACCACCUCCAGCGCCAUCUCGAACCACCAACCGCCCACGGCGCUCGCCGAUAUCCACACCAUGACCCGCGAGAUGAAGAAGGCCCUCCGCUGGCUCCACCACCUGUCGUUCACCCACACCGCCGCGCGGCGCGCGUUCCGGCAAUGCUACAGCGUCGUGCAGCGGAUCGCCCCGAGCAUUGGGAUUGACAUUCGUGAUAUCCCGGACGGAAGGGACCUCCCGGUGGAUGAGGACCCUUUCUCCCAGAAGGAUGAGGAAGAAACUUUGGCCCGGAAGGACGAUGAGGACCCUUUCUCCCAGAAGGAUGAGGAAGAAAUUUUGGCCCGGAAGGACGAUGAGGACACUUUCCCCAAGAAGGACGUGGAGGACUACGAACCAACCGCCAUGCAAAUCGACGAGGAACCCCCGGCCCUUGAGAUCGACGGUCAAAUCGAUGGUCAGAUGGAAUAG